UCGCUUUAAGGCAUGUGAUACUUUCCUGAGCAGGGAUGUAUUGAAAUAGGCUACGGUACUUACAGCAUCGUAUAGCAGUGUACGUACAGCUGCCUUACUCUGCACUGCCCGCGCUGGAGUGAGGCUGCUCUGUUGUUAAACAUAAACUGCUCCUCGUCCUUAAGUAUCCUGGAAGCUGCAAAUUAUCUCAAGAUCACUUCAAAGGUCUCAUCAAGCAGAAGGUGAUGCUAGGAGAUGAUUUAAAGGUGAAAAUGAGAAGGUUUCCAGCCCUCAAACCUUGGCCACUUUUCUGACGGCAGAGUCUGAGACCUCAGAUGUCUUCUUUACUCUGGGAACAGGAUUUGUAACGACAGAGAUUUUUUCUUUUUUCUUUUAAUCCUGAUAAAGAAGAAAGUUGGGAAGCUAUUAAAAUUCCCUUAUUGUGAUACAGAUGGAUUUAAAAAAGUGUUAGAUCUUUCCAAUGAACACUAAUAGAGUGCUCUGCUCUUGGUUGGAUUACUCAGAGAAUGGCAGUGGUCUCUGCAAUGUCCUGGGUCCUGUAUUUGUGGAUAAGUGCCUGUGCAAUGCUGCUCUGUCAGGGGUCCCUCCAUCACACUUUCCAGCAGCAUCACCUGCACAGACCAGGUAGGACUGAGAUCGGCUGUGGGAUGCAUUAA